AUGCAUUUUUCCUUCCCAAUCUUAGCCAUCCUUGGGUCAAUGCCCUUUAUCGUUCAAGCGCAGCUCACUGGACAUGUCGGCCCUACAACUUCCGCUACAGACAAGGCUGCUGUGAAAACAUGCAAUGUCUUGGAUUAUGGAGCAGUGGCAGAUAAUACCACCGAUGUUGGUCAGCCAAUUAUGAAUGCUUUUAAUGAUUGUGCGUCCGGUGGACUGGUAUACGUGCCGGAAGGAGACUAUCUUCUUGUCAAUUGGGUUGGCCUUGUUAACGGAACUGGGGCCGCGGUCCAGCUCGACGGCGUUUUAUACCGUGGAUCUGAUCCAGGGUCUCAGGGGUACAUGUUCUCGAUCAGUGAUGGCUCUGACAUCGAAUUUUUCAGCUCCACUGGUAAAGGCGCCAUUCAAGCCAGCGGAUAUCUAUACCAUCUUCAGGUUCAUGACCUUGCCUUGGUGGACGCGCCGAUGUUUCAUUUCGGUAUUGGUGAUGCUUAUAAUGGUGAGGUUUAUAAUAUGGCAAUCCGAGGUGGAGAUUCCGGUGGUUUAGAUGGUAUUGAUGUUGCUGGUAGCAAUAUUUGGAUUCAUGAUGUUAUGGUCACCAAUAAAGAUGAGUGCGUCACUAUGAAGGUUCAUAUUCCACCUAUUCACCUGUUGGGCCUUGUUAACAUAGUUCCUACUAGACCGGUGCCGCGAAUAUUCUCGUCGAAAAUAUAUAUUGCAAUAUCAGCGGUGGCUGCGGCAUGGGGUCCCUGGGAACCGGGGCUAAUGUCACUGACAUUACCUAUCGCAAUGUGUCAUGGAAACGCCUACUCGCUGGACCUUGAUGCGUACUGGUCGAGCAUGUCAGCCGCCGAGGGAGAUGGUGUAUAUUAUACCAAUAUCACUUUCUCUAACUGGACUGAUAUUACCGUUGAAGAGGUGAAUAUCUGGACAGAGGUUGGAGACGAACAAACCUACUUCUGCGGAAACGCUUAUGGCACUGGUGUAUGUUUUAAUGAGGCUGCGACACCAACAUCCUAUGCAAGCACUAUCACCGUAACAUCAGCACCAUCAGGAUACUCAGCAACCAUGAUGCCCGAGGAUCUUUCCUCAGCUUUCGGCUACACGUUGUCCAUUCCAACUCUAACACUACCAGUAUCCUUCUACCCUGGAGUGGCACCAUACAGCGCGAUUGCAGGUAGUAGCUGA